AUGUCUGGCGCCGUUGCCCGCCUCGCAAACAUUAAGCUUGGCGGUCCCCCAUCCUCACAUGCUUCAAUUUCUGCUGCGGCUACCUCUUCGUCGGAAAAUGCUAACAAUGCUCCAAGCGCGGAUCUGGGUCUCAUUGGCCUGGCUGUCAUGGGACAGAACCUGAUCCUGAACUUCGCCGACCACGGCUACACCAUUGCCGCCUUCAACCGAACUGUCUCCAAGGUCCACCGAUUCCUCGAGAAUGAGGCCAAGGGCAAGUCCAUCGUCGGUGCUGACACCAUUGAGGAGUUUGUCAGCAAGCUCAAGUCCCCCCGACGUGUCAUGCUGCUCGUCCAGGCCGGUGCCGCUGUUGAUGAGUGGAUUGAGAAGCUCAUUCCCCUCCUUGAUGCUGGCGAUAUCAUCAUUGACGGUGGUAACUCCCACUUCCCCGACUCCAACCGCCGCUCUCGCUACCUUGCCGGGAAGAACCUCAGAUUCGUCGGCUCCGGUGUCUCCGGUGGUGAGGAUGGUGCUCGCACUGGUCCUUCCAUGAUGCCCGGUGGUAACGAGGAGGCUUGGCCUCACAUCAAGGACAUGUUCCAGGACAUUGCCGCUAAGAGCGACGGCGAAGCCUGCUGUGACUGGGUCGGUGAUGAGGGUGCUGGUCACUACGUCAAGAUGGUCCACAACGGUAUCGAGUACGGUGACAUGCAGCUUAUUUGCGAGGCCUACGACAUCAUGAAGAGAGGUCUUGGACUGACCAGCAAGGAGAUUGGUGAUGUUUUCGCCAAGUGGAACACUGGUGUUCUGGAUUCUUUCCUGAUUGAAAUUACCCGCGAUAUUCUGUACUUCAACGACGACGACGGCACUGCUCUUGUCGAGAAGAUCCUGGACAAGGCCGGCCAGAAGGGUACUGGCAAGUGGACCGCCAUCAACGCCCUUGACCUUGGCAUGCCCGUUACUCUUAUUGCCGAGGCUGUCCUCGGACGAUGCUUGUCCAGCAUCAAGGAUGAGCGCACUGUCGCCUCCCAGAAGCUCCAGUUCGUCAGCCGCUCCGCCAAGUUCGAGGGCGACCGCGCGCAGUUCCUCGACGACCUUGAGCAGGCCCUCUAUGCCUCCAAGAUUGUCUCUUAUGCCCAGGGUUUCAUGCUGAUGCAGGAGGCCGCCAAGGAGUACAAGUGGAAGCUGAACAAGCCUUCCAUCGCCCUCAUGUGGCGUGGUGGCUGCAUCAUCCGUUCAGUCUUCCUCAAGGACAUUACUGCUGCUUACCGCAACCAGCCCGACCUCCAGAACCUGCUCUUUGAUGACUUCUUCAACAACGCCAUCAACAAGGCCCAGCCCGGCUGGAGAGAUGUUGUGUCCAAGGCUGCCCUCAUCGGUAUCCCAACCCCAGCCUUCUCCACUGCUCUGUCGUGGUUCGAUGGUUACCGCACCAAGGACCUCCCUGCCAACCUUCUGCAGGCCCAGCGUGACUACUUCGGUGCCCACACUUUCCGUGUGAAGCCCGAGGCUGCCACCGAGAAGUACCCUGUUGGACAGGACAUUCACGUCAACUGGACUGGCCGUGGUGGCAAUGUUUCCGCUUCUACCUACCAGGCAUAA